GCCCGAGGCACGCACGGCAUCAGCUCAUCAGCUCAGACCGCCCCUCGACGGCCGACACAGAUGACGCACAGACUACUCGUGCGGCGUCAUGAGCAUCUCAGCCUGGAGGACUUGGAUCCGGAGCUAGCCCAUGCCGUCAGUCCGCCGCUGCUCGGGUUGACAGCAGCCUGCUAAAGAUGGACUCACCCGAACAGCCCAUCGACUCGAUACUGUGGAUCCACAUGAUGCUACAGAUGCUCGUAUGGGGCAUCAUGUUUCCUGCGGGCAUGGUGCUGGGCAUGACUAAAUCUCGGUGGCAUGUGCCUAUGCAAGCUACGGCCACCCUGUUGACUAUCAUGGGCGUCAUCCUCGCCCAUCGUCACGGCGGUCGCCAGUUCCCCUUCACAGCCCAUGCCGCUUUCGCAAAAUACGUGUUCUUCUACAUGCUCGGCCAGGCAGGCGCAGGCAUCUACCUCAAAGCGCACAUACACGAACGCUCGCUUCGGCCUUACGUACAACGCUUGCACAGUAUCGCAGGCAGGACGUUCCCGAUCGUCGGCUGGGUUCAGAUGGUCUUGGGUGUCAUCGCUGCUCUAGGCACUUGCACGGGUGAACAUUUCGGCCAAUGCCUUGCGCACAUCAUCAUGGGAUCGAGCUUCGUCGGCUACGGUGUCCUAUUGCUCCUCAUGGCACACUUUGGUCGUGCUUGGCUUGCCAGAAAGACGGUCUCACAGGAGUUCAUCGACUCUGCCACCAUCACAGUCUGGGGGAUCGUCAACGCCCUCACCGAGCAUGAUUUUCUCGGUCACGGUAACGGCACUUGGCCGACCAGAGAUAUGCAACAUGUCGGCCUUGGCGUCCUCUGGGCUUGUGGAGGCGCAGUGGGCGUUUGGCUCAGUCGAUCGGGCAAGAGAUCAGUCCUGCCAGGCAUCAUCAUCGCCAUGACAGGCUUCGCUAUGUCUGGUCAUGCACAGCCGACCAUGCUCGCUACAGAAGUUCACAAAGCAUUUGGCUAUGUCCUCAUGCUGGCCGGUCUGACCAAGAUCAUCGAGUGCUGCUUCGAUACAACUCGUGCGACGAGCUCGGAUCCGACCGAUUACGACGGCACGAUUGCACCCUUUGCACAUCUCACGCCAUUGCUACUCACCAUCGCAGGCACAAUCUUCCUGAGCGCCGCUGAGGAUCAGCUCGAUCUCAUCAUUAGCAUCGGCAUGGAUCAUGUUACGUACAUCAUCGGUCAAUUCAGCGUCGCCUUCCUGAUCUAUCUCGUCGCAUCGGUUAUGAUAUCGCUCUACAAUGCAUCGGGCAACAACAGCAACCAAACAGGCAACGGUAGACCGGUCGGUUCGCCGGGCUCAUCCGUCAUGGCAUUGUUUGCACGCCUCAAAGGCGAUGCACCAAGGUCAACAACGAACAGUCAUCUGCCCGGCUACCAGGCCGUCGACAUCGAUCUUGAAGAUGCACAUCGUAGCGAUCCGUCCCCCGGCGAGACAGUCUUUGACGCUGCAGAAGGACGCGUGAAGAUGUCCGAUCUCGACGACGAUUUCUGGCAAGAUUCAGAGGAAGAAAGAGAAGCGGAGACUAGGCACACUUAGGCGCAUGGCUUGCGCACGAAAGACGUGUGUUAGCUGUGCUCGCGAAGAGGUCAAAGCAGCGACAAGCUCACGCAAGAGAGUAUUCUCACGCUACUUUGCAUGACCUCCA